CCCAGACUACCCUGGUGGAAAAGCCUGUGGGCACACCUUCUUUUCAGGCCCAGGCAGUGAUUCCGAUUCCGAGGGCCUUGGCCAUGCUCCGAUGGACCAGGUUCAGCUGGACUUCGUGCAGUCCAGGCCUGACAACUGCAAUUGGAUAGACUUGGGGUUAUUUGUGGAGGCACUUUCUUACUAGUCAGCGCUACUGGGAGACUUGUGUUUCCGGUCCUCUUCAUUGUCUUGUGGAAAGUUUUGGUUAAAGGUCCCUAUCUCUGCAUGUGGGGAGAGGGAGGAGUCUUUCUAGAUGGCCCCUCUUUACGAAUUGAUUCACUGAGGGCAAGGGCUGCCAAAAGUAAGCUCUGUGGACGCCUUCCCUUCUGGGCCAUCUCCUUCAAGGUUAUAACAGAACUGGGGGGAGUAGAUCCAGAGCAUCCCAGUAAUGGGGAGAUCCCCCAACUGUGUUGGGUUCUGGUCCCAACUGGGAUGCUGAUUCACCCUAUCUGGGCCUUAAUUCCCUCAGCAGCAAAUGAAAGGAGUUGGAUAUUUUGUCUCUUAAGUCCUUUUUAGUUCUGGCAUUCUGUGAGGUGUCCUAGACAGAAGAUCUGCUUUCUUUCCUUGGCCCUGCUACGGAUUCACUUUUGACUUCUAGUAAAUCUACUCUCUGAGACUCAGUUUCCUUAUCUGUAAAAUGUGUAGAUGAGUUCUGAGGUGCCUCCCAGCCAUCCUCUCCUUUAAGCUCCCUCUGAGCUAUUAGGGUUGAAUCACCAAGUUAGAUUAAACCAGUCCGGAAGAUGGCAGGGUUUAGAAUUGAUAGCAAUCUUAGAAAUCAUCUUGCCCCAGCUCCUUAUUUACAGAAAACGGGCCCUUAUAAAUUAAGUGACAUGCCCAAGACCCCCCUCAUACUGAGUCGGCAGAGUUAGGGUUGGUACUCUGCCUGCUUUGCCUCUAGAGCCAGGGCCAGGGGGCAGUAUGGGAGUUAUUUCCAUGAGUUAUCUUCUCCCUAUCAGAGCCCAUCCUGUCCACCCAGUCCUUGCCUCUUCCCCAUCUCCACCACCCAUCAUUCCCCGGGUAGCCAGGUUCCUGAUCUGCCCAAGGAAUAGCUAAUGAAAGCUAAUGAGUUCCCCAUCACUAGAGGCAUUUAAACAGGCCACAUGAGAACCUGUUGGGAAGGUUACUUUGAACCACCCCAAUGGUCCCUUCAAGAUCUCACAGUCUGUGAAAUCUUGACCUUUUUCGUUUUAACAAGAGAAUUAAGGCCAUCGCCCCACCCCCCUUCUUUGGCCGUGGUAAAGGAGAGCAACUAAGUGACUGGGGGCAACUUGACCCCUUAUCCCGAACCAUCAGGACUGUUACAAGACAGGCCAAGAAAAGUGCAGGCCCCCAAGAAAGCCGAGUGCGAUGGAAGGGAAGGGGAAACUGGAGGCUCCUCCCUCCCAGUGGGCGGAGGGAUGAGGGGGUAGCCCAGGCAGCUGUCGGCACAGAGGCUGGAGCCGCCCCAGCAGCAGCUCCCAGUGGCCCAGAUCUCAGGGCUGAAAGGAACUUCCCCACGCCGGGCCCAGGACUGGCCCUGAGAAGCCCUCAGAGGUCAUCUGGUUCAGCGCCUCAUUUACACAGGCACAAGCAGAGGCAGGAGAGGGAAGCCCCCGGCCAACGCCCCAGGAGUGAGAGGGGAGGAGCUCAAAGCUGGGGUACAGACCCUCCCCGCCCCAGUCCAGAACUUGGCCCACGUCUGGAAAGGGUCUCCGUAAGAAGUGUGUGAUGUCCCUCUGAGCCCAUUCCUGCUAUUUGAGGAGCCUGUUCUCAAUAUGGCAACAGGGGACCUUGAGGUGCUGGACAGGGGUCUGGGCUGCCCCGAGACCAUUGAGGAGCUGACCAUGUCAGUGGAGAGAUCCAGGAAACAAUCACAGGAGGAGAAGGCCAAAGGUGAUGAGCAGGCAGAAAGUAGAGACGAGGUGAGCAGCCAAGCGCAGGGGCCGAUGGAGGAGGAGCAGGCCCUGGAUGGGGAAGGUUCCCGGGGGGCCAGGCCCUCGAAGGCAAAGGCAGAGAAGGAGAGAGGGAAGACCACUGCAGCUUCCAAGAGCACCCCGGCCAGGAAGAAAAGCAAGGCCCCGUCCCAGCCCCAGCUGAAGCUGCCGCGGACCGUGGGGCCCGGGACCGACGAGCUGCCUUGGGGAGAGAUCACCCUCAACAAGUGCCUGGCGCUGGCCUCCGUCAUGGCCGUCCUGAGCGUGGCCUUCCAGGUGUUCCAGGACGUCAUCGAUGGGGAGGACGAGGGCCCCGAGGCCGCCCCUGCCCUGUGGGCCUGGCCAGGCAGCAGCACCCCAAGGGACAGCCAACCCAAACUGCCCAAGCCCAAAGACUGGGCCAAAGCCUCGGCGCCAGUCCCCCCGCCGGGGCCCAAGCCCCCUGUGAAGGACACACCUGAGGCCUCCCCCAAAGAGCAGGAAGCAGAGGCCAAGGGGAGCCCGGCCCCAGCCCCGGAAGCAGCCAUCCCACCCAAGGAGCCCCCACCGAGCUCCCAGCCAGCCAAGCCUGAGAAGCUGGCCGGGGCCCCGAUGCCCAGGAAGGAGGAGAGGGCCAGAAACCGGAAGGGCCCCCGGGAGGAGAAGGCCGAGCCCCCGUGGAAGGAAAGGAAGGAGGGCAGCCACGGGCCCAGGCCGCGGCGAGAAGAGCCCGAGGAGGCUCCCCGCCGGCCCUGGGAGCGGGAGCACAGGCACUCUGGCAGGCGGGAGGACUCCAAGAAGGCCCGGGACGGACCCAGGGGCAAGAGGGAGGAGCAGUGGGGGCGCCAGAAGCACGAGGACAGGGAGAGGUUCUUCCCCAAACAGAAGCUUCGAGAAGGGAAGCGCAGGGACUGAGAAGGCCCAAGGGGGCCAGCCCCGCCCCAGGGGGCCCAGCCCCGCUCCCUGGGAUUCCUGCUGCCCGCCUGGUCUACAUCCUGGCUCGGCCAGUUACUUUCUGGGUGACUUAGUCUCUCUGAACCUCAGUUUCCCUUUUUGGAAAAUGAGAUCUCACCACCAGUGGGAUGACCGUGACUAUUGGGGGCUGACCAGGGGGAGAGCCUGGGUGUGCAGCCUCUCCAGUGGGGCCCUAGAGCCUCCACCCCCCUUCAUGGCCCCAGGCUGGCCAGGAAGGCAAGAGAUGAGCCCUGGACCCCCCUUGCCCAGCCCUUCCCCAGUCUCCCAAGACUGCUCCAUGUUAGUAAUUAUUUAAAAAUAAAGCCCCUCCUUGGACCUUGGCUGCACAGGAUCAUCUCUGAGCUGACUGGUGCCCUCUGAGCUCUGGCCUGAUUAGGAGCCUGGGGGCUCCUGGGAAAGGCCCUAGCCAAGACCUGGCUCUGCCUGCACAAAGCACCCAUUUCUUAUCUUCAAAAGAAAGCCUUUGGAAAACUAUCAGUAUAAUUGGCCAUAUUAAUAA